GUGAGAGGGAAAAGUUUAUCAACAUUGGCAAUGCCAGGUUGGUUUCUUGUAGUUUUGAAUUUGUUUUUUACUUUCACAUCUACAUCUACACUACAUUUACUUUUACUUUUACAUUAGAGUCUUGAAAACUUAUUUAAUGUCUUUAUCUUGCACCGGUACCGAAGUAUAGCCAAAAACAACACUACCCGCAAGCUACUACUACUACUACUAUUACUGCUACAUCAUCAACAACCACAACAAUGCUCCCGCAACAACAACUGCCAAUCCCAUACAUUGUGCCUCCCCAUCUGGAGGAAUACAACAUCCCGCUGUCCGCGUUCGCGGCCGCCCGUCCUCAGUUCCACAACAUCGUCGGCGGUGCGUUCAUCUUCUCGACCACCGUGCCGGACGCCGUGACUUCGAUUACUACAUCUGCUUCUGCUCCUACAACUAGCUCAAAAAGAGCAGCGCAGGGGACGACAGUAUCCACAACGACAGCAUCCACACCUCCGCCUCCGCCUGUAUCAGCAUCCUCCUCCCCCUCCCCCUCCCCCUCCUCAGUGUCAUCACCCACCCCAGCAACAGCAGCAACGGCAGCAACAGCAGCAACAGCAGCAGCAACACAAUCCCCACAAACCCCGACUUCCUCCUCCUCCUCCACUACAUCAUCCACAGCCUCCACCCCCGCAACCACCCCCGGCACGACCCCGGACGACCACCAGCCCCACCCCCCUCUCUCACCCGAUGAGGUCCCCGAACCCGAGCCCAAAACCCUCCUCCUCCAACGCAGCAUCACAGACUCCUACCCGGGCCACUGGGAGAACCCGGGCGGGCUGAUCGACCCCGUCCGCGACGCCACCGUGCUGGCGGGCGUGGCGCGCGAGGUCCGCGAGGAGACGGGGUUCCACGUGUCGCGGUUCGUGGAUCUGGUCUGCGUCGACGAGUGGACCAAGAUGAAGCGCGGCGUGCUGCUGCAGGAGACCAAGGUGACGUUCCUGGUGGAGGUGCGGGAGGCCGUCGCGGCGGGCUGGGAGGCAACCGUGAAACUGGCGGAGGGGGAGCAUCAGGCUUUUGUGUGGGUCGGGGAAGGGGAGGUGCGUGGGGUGGUGAGGGACAAGGGGAGGAAGAGGAAGGCGAGUGGCGGGGCUGGCAGGUUGGGGGUGGGGUUUAUUAAUGAGCAAGGGGGGAAUGUGCUUAGGGGGUUUGAGGUGGUGAGGGGGUUGAGGGGGUGUUGA